UGACCCAGGAGGCCAUUUAUGCCCUCAAUCUCUGCCAGUGCCCACUGUUUUCCCAGCACCUCGAGAGAUCCUCCUUGAUUAGCACACAGCUGCCAUCACCUUUGUGGAUGCACUGACUUAGCUCCAGCUGUGCCUGGGACAUUUGUCAAGACACGUGAGCCAAAGCUCCGUCCCAGCGAUGGUGAAGGCAGCUGUGCUGCCGAUGGAAGUGCUCCGGUCUGGCGGAUGAAGUUGGUACACACACCAUGUCAUCAUGUGUCUCUAGCCAGCCCACCAGCGACCGGGCGGCCCCCCAGGAUGAGCUGGGAAGCGGGGGUGGCAGCCAGGAAAGCCAGAAGCCCUGCGCGGCCCUGCGGGGACUCUCAUCCUUAAGCAUCCACUUGGGCAUGGAAUCCUUCAUUGUGGUCACGGAGUGUGAGCCAGGCCAGGGUGUGGACCUCAGCCUGGCCCGGGACCAGCCUCUGGAGGCUGAUGACCAGGAACUGCCCCUUGAUGCCUCAGAAUCCGAGGCACGGCCCCUCCAUUCUGGUCGUAAGAUGUCCCUGCAGGAGCGAUCUCAGGCUGGGCCGGCAUCCGGCAGCAGCCUGGACAUGAAUGGACGCUGCAUCUGCCCAUCCCUGUCCUACUCGCCGUCCAGCUCCCCACAGACCUCCCCGCGGAUGCCCCGGCGGCCCACAGUGGAGUCACACCACGUCUCCAUCACAGGUUUGCAGGACUGCGUGCAGCUGAACCAGUACACACUGAAGGAUGAAAUUGGAAAGGGCUCCUAUGGUGUGGUCAAGCUGGCCUACAAUGAAAAUGACAGUACGUACUAUGCGAUGAAAGUGCUGUCCAAAAAGAAGCUGAUCCGGCAGGCCGGCUUUCCACGUCGCCCCCCACCCCGAGGGACUCGCCCAGCUCCAGGGGGCUGCGUCCAGCCCAGGGGCCCCAUCGAGCAGGUGUACCAGGAGAUCGCCAUCCUCAAGAAGCUGGACCACCCCAACGUAGUGAAGCUGGUGGAGGUCCUGGAUGACCCCAACGAGGACCAUCUGUACAUGGUGUUUGAAUUGGUCAACCAAGGGCCUGUGAUGGAAGUGCCCACUCUCAAGCCACUGUCUGAAGACCAGGCCCGAUUCUACUUCCAGGAUCUGAUCAAAGGCAUUGAGUACUUACACUACCAGAAAAUCAUCCACCGGGACAUCAAACCUUCCAACCUCCUGGUGGGAGAGGACGGGCACAUCAAGAUAGCCGACUUUGGUGUGAGCAAUGAGUUCAAGGGCAGCGAUGCCUUGCUGUCCAACACCGUGGGCACACCUGCCUUCAUGGCACCUGAAUCACUCUCAGAGACCCGCAAGAUCUUCUCUGGGAAGGCCUUGGAUGUUUGGGCCAUGGGUGUGACUCUGUAUUGCUUUGUCUUUGGCCAGUGCCCGUUUAUGGAUGAGCGGAUCAUGUGUUUGCACAGUAAGAUCAAGAGCCAGGCCCUGGAGUUUCCAGACCAGCCUGACAUAGCUGAAGACUUGAAAGAUCUGAUCACCCGAAUGCUAGACAAGAACCCAGAGUCCAGGAUUGUGGUGCCCGAGAUCAAGCUGCACCCUUGGGUCACGAGGCACGGGGCCGAACCAUUGCCAUCGGAGGACGAGAACUGCACACUGGUCGAGGUGACCGAAGAGGAGGUCGAGAAUUCAGUCAAACACAUUCCCAGCCUGGCGACUGUGAUCCUAGUGAAGACCAUGAUUCGGAAACGCUCCUUUGGGAACCCAUUUGAGGGCAGCCGGCGGGAGGAACGUUCCUUGUCAGCACCUGGAAACCUGCUCACCAAAAAACCAACAAGGGAAUGGGAGCCCUUGUCUGAGCCCAAGGUAAUGCCUGUCUGCCUGCCUGUGCCAUCGCCUCCCCUUCGCUGGGGCUUGGGGGCGGGCAUCUGCAGAGCACGUGGGCAUCUCCACCAGGCAGAUGUGCCUUCAGCCUGAGCUGCUGUGCCUGGUUAACCCAGGGCCUCUAGGCUUACAAUAAGGGACAUCUAAGGGCUUGGGUCCCAUGGCGUGCCAUGCAUGUGGGCUGGGCUGCGGUGCAUGGCGCUCCACCCGGAAUGCCUGUAAACUUACCCAGGUCUUCAGGCCCAACUGGAUAGCUGCGUAGCUGUGCACAUUAGUGGCAUUGAAGGUCUACUGUGGCCCGGGGCUGUGCUCUAAGUGUGCACACAGCAGGCCUGCUGCACUCUGGCUUUUCACUAGGGCUCUCUCUGCAGCUCUGGUGGGUUAAAUCCUAGAACUAAAUCCAUCUGUCUGUGACCUUAGCUGGAUUGGAGCUUUCUUCUACCUGCCUGCAUAUCAGGCAGCGUUAACCUACAACUUCCAGAGCAGAUGAACACUUUUGCUGGGUGGACCCAUUUGGUAACCCUGUUCCAAGUGCCUCCUUCAGGACACUGACCCUGAUGAGGCUGCCUGACUCUAUUGGGAGCCCCUGUCAGCCACUUCUCUUGUUAAAAGUAACUUUAUAGGAGACAGGGAGAUCGUUAAGUUGUUAGAGUGUUUUCCACACAAGCAUGAGGACUUGAGUUCAAUCCCCCAGAACCCAUGUAAAAUCCAGGUGAGGUAGCAUGAGUUUUCUGGGGAGGUGGAGACAGGCAGAUCCCUAGAGCUGACAGUUUAGUCAGCCUAGCUUCAAAAAACAAAGUGGGUGGUACCUGAGGAAAUGCCUGAAGUUGACCUCUGGCUUCCGUACAUCCGUGAACAUGCACAUAUACACACAAUAGCGUUAUCAAAGGUGGGGCUGGAGCUCUUCAGUAGAGUACUCAACCUAGCAUGCACAAUGCCAUGCGUUCCAUCAUCCCCAGCACUGCAAACAAGUGAAAAGCUCAACUUUACUAAUAAGAUAAUUAACACCCCAUAGCUCAUCAUUGUAAAGUGCAGUACAGUCGCUUAUGUAGCCAUCGGGACAGUUCCAGCCCAAGGAGGAACUUUCCUCCUCUCAGCUAUCUCCACUCAAACCUCUCGGUUUCCAGCAUCCACUGAUGCACGUUCAGUUUUCUACAGAUUUGUCCACUCUGUAGAAUGUUUUGUGAUAACACAGUAUGUGGCCUUUCAUGCCUGCCUUCUCUCUCUCAGCAGCAUGUUUCUAAGGCCGUCCACAGUGCAGCUAGUGUCAGUACUUCCUUUUCAUAGCCGAGUAGUAUUUACAUGGAUAGGAAGAUUUGGGUCCAUUGGUGGAAGGUGUUUCUCUCUUGGCUGUCACAAAUGAAUGAGCCUGCUGUGAACGUUGUAUGCAAGAACUAUUUUCUCCUCAUUGGGUGUUGGUUUAUAUGAGGAUGUUCAUUGGCCACCUGUAUCCUAGGAGCCAGGGGCUCGUGUGAUGUAGGAGAACACCUGUUGUUUGGGAUGAGAGCCAGGGAGGUGUGUCCAGAUUAGCAUUAGACAGGUGGCUGCCUUGUCCCCACCUUGUUCCCAGAUGACCUGUAGUCUCACCCUUGUGUUAUGAGAAAUGGAGCCUUUCAUGGGCCUUGUCUUUUCUCUCUGGUAAGGCCCAAACCAAGGCUGCCUCCCGACUCUGAGCAAAGUUUGUUCUACGUUUCUUUUUUUGUUGGUUUGUUUUUCACUGAGAUCAGAAUGGCAUGGUACCAGCAGACUAAGACUGCUCGGUGCUGUGUUGCUCCUUCAUUCCCCAGUCAGCAGACCCAGCAUCACCCUAGGGCUACCUGCCAGGGCUAGGCGUUUGUAGAACUUACUUGUGGAAGAUCCUGAGCCGAAGUCUGGCUGCAGCGAGACCUGGCCUGCAGCAGUUGGCAGCUUUGAGGGCAGGCAUCCUUCCCAGGACCCUCACCUCUGGAAUAUAAAAAUAAAAGAGCAGAUAAUAUAAUUCUCAGACGUAAGUGUUUCUUCCUUAAGGACACAGGGACACCACAGUUUACCUUCCCUCUGCAGGGACAGAGGCCUCUGUUUGGGUAGAGCACAGAGACCGUUGUUGAGAGUUGGAGCAGCCCUGAGUGGCAAGGCCAGGGACUUUUCCUACAAGGGGAGAUCUGCUAGAAAGAAGCCUGGGGCCGGGUCCCCUCCUUAGAACCCCCUUCCAUCUGCUGAAACUCCAUCCCUGCUGGCCUCCAGGCAGGUCUAGUGGGCUGUGAGGGUUCUUCUGAGAAGGGAGUGGGCGGUGAGGAUGGACUGGGUGUCGCAGGCUUUUCCUAAAGGCUCCGUGUGACAGACCAGUUCAUACAGGCCCUGGCACUGCCCCAGCAGCUCACUAUGGAGUGACUGAGAAAAAGGGUCACAGUGUCUGUCCUACAGGCACUUCUAGCCUAGAGUGUAAAGAUGAGACCUCAGAGAGCACGCCCCCCGUGUAGGACCCUGCAGUGAAUGUGGUGUUCAUAAGUAGUUUGGUACCAGUUUUACAGUUCUUUGCUCUUUGGGGUAAAUCUUGCUCCUCCAUUUACAGGGGAGGUAAAGUCGGCUUUGAGAUAUUUAAGUGAGCCAGUAGAAAUGGGGAGCACAUCUAAAAGAGCGGAUGUGACCCCCUGGGGCAGAGCCCUGCAAAGGUGGGAGACCGGCCAGGGCUCCGCCAUCAUUUCUCCAAGUCUUAAUGCUG